UCGCUGUAGCCCCGCCCCUCUAUUGACCUGUUCGGCGUCACGUUCGGCUCGUGUGUUCAGUUUAUAAAUGAGGUUUGUUUUGUAUUACUGCGGUACUACUCGCAGCACUUCUAAAUGAGAAUGAUAGAAUGAUAUGGAUGACUGCCGUGAGGCUUAUUUAUGUGUGAAUGGCUCUAACAUGAGCAGCGACACAAACCCUCAGCUGGAGCAUGAAGAGCUGGAGAAGUUCAGGAGAAAACUCAAAUAUUUCUUCAUGAACCCAAGUGACAAAUACAAAGCUCGUGGAAAAAAGCCCUGGAAACUGAUGCUGCAAAUCAUUAAAAUCGCUGUUGUCACUGCGCAGCUGGUGUGGUUUGGUCUGAGUAAUCAGAUGGUGGUUCAGUUUAAGGAGGAGAAUCUGAUGACGUUCAGACACCUGUUCCUCAUGAACUUCACAGACGCUAGCAGAGACUCUUACGCCGUUUACACACAGCGAGACGUCUACACACACAUCUCAUACGCCGUCCAGCAGUUUCUCAUGUUGCCAAAUACAACGGUUGGGAAUCAUGAAUGUCAGAGAGAAGGAGACGCUUUCACGCCUCUCACCGUCUGCCAGCAGUUUUACAGUAACGGGAGCAUCUCACCAGCUAAUGAAACCUUCAACAUCAACGCUCAAGUGGAUGAAGAGUGUUUUAAGAUUUCCCCAAUGGUUUCCUCUUCACCCCUCACAUCACAUCCACUGAAUCUAACACUCAACUUUGAAAGACUGUUGUCGGUGAUGGUGAAGUUCACUCUGAAGGCCAUAAACCUGCAGACAGUUCAGCAUCAUGAGCUUCCAGACUGUUAUGUCUUCAACAUCAUGAUCCGCUUUGACAACAGGCCUCACAGCGGCAGAAUCAAGAUUGAUCUGGACAAUGAUGUGGACAUCAGUAAAUGCAGAGACUGGACUCUGACUGGAGCAUCAGCGAGUAAUAUGUAUAUGAUGGUUGUGUUUGAUGUGGUGAUCAUUAUAACUCUGGCGGUGUCACUGGUUCUCUGCACGCGUUCCGUGAAAGCCGGAGUCCUACUGCAGUUUGAAUAUGUGGAGUUUUUCUGCAGCUGUUACGGUAAGCGCGUGCCUCUGUCUGACCGGAUGGAGUUUAUAAACGUCUGGUUUAUUCUCAUCAUCAUCAGUGAUGUUCUGACCAUCACAGGAUCUGUGCUGAAGAUCGUCAUCCAGCUGAAGGCUGUGGCGAGUUAUGACUUGUGUAGUAUUCUGUUGGGCACCGGCACAAUGUUUGUGUGGAUCGGAGUUUUACGCUACAUGGGAUACCUGAAAAAAUACAAUAUUCUCAUCGUUACUCUGAGAGCAUCUUUACCAAACGUCAUCCGCUUCACCUGCUGUGCUGCCAUGAUUUAUCUGGGCUAUUGUUUCUGUGGAUGGAUCGUGCUCGGACCUUAUCACACAAAAUUCCGGACUCUGAACAUGGUGUCUGAGUGUCUGUUUUCUCUUAUAAACGGAGACGACAUGUUCAACACGUUUAAGAUGAUGGAGCAGAAGAGUUGUGUGGUGUGGCUCUUCAGUCGGGUCUAUCUCUACACGUUUGUGUCACUCUUCAUCUACAUGGUGCUCAGUCUGUUCAUCACUCUCAUCACAGACACCUAUGACAACAUCAAGCAGCAGAUGGAAGGAGAGCCGGUGUCAGAUCUUCAGAUGUUCAUCACGCAGUGCAAAAAAUCCAAACACAUCAGUGUGAAGGAGAACACAGACACACACCUGAUCUGCGGCAUAUACAGGCAACACAAAUCCAGUGAGAAGAUUGACUGUUAGAUCACAGAAGUAAAACAUUAUGUUCAGCUCAAUACAUUCGGAUACGAAAGAAUCCAUCAAAGCUUUCCUUUUAAUGUUUCAAAGGUUUUAUGUUUUAGGGUAAUGUGCAUGAACUUGAAAUGUCUGUAUACGGCUCUGUGUAUCCUUAAGAUUUGAGUUUAUCUGCUCCACACAUUUGUUAUUUAUUUAUAGUAAGUAGCCCAUUUUGAGAUGAAUGUUCAGACCAUUUGUGUGAAAAAUGUUACCUUUUUCAAAAUGUUGCAUUAAAGAUGUGCCUUUAACUUGUA